AUGCCCAAGCACUAGAACCAGUGAAAAACUGCCUUUAGUAUGGAUUUUAAAAAAGAAGCUUUCCGUGAAUGCCAGCCAGGGUGUCUUAUGCAAGAUAGUAAGUUAUCCUUGUUUUUAAAGAGUCUGGAACAAAGCUCCAUCUUGUGCCUCAAGGAGAAGAGCAUGGCCCAGCACAGAUGAAUGCACUCAUGAUACUUGCUUGCAAUUUUAUUACUCUCUGUUGCUGCCAGUGAACAUGACUGAAGCAGGAUCCUAUUCAUGAUCCUUUUGAUGGCAUUGGGCUUUUGAUACUGCCAAGUGGGCAUGCCAUGCUGUCCAGUUUCUACACGUUCCAUGCAUGCUGAGGGACAUUCAUCAACAAUAUCAGGAGUGCUCAUGUAUGCAGUUUGCAAACCAGGUCCUGACAGACAUUGCUGGAAACUUGAGACCUGUACAGGAAUGUGGUACUACCAACUGCUUAACAAUGGUUCGGCGAGGGGUAGUGGCAUGGCUCCCUCGGGUAGUACUUCUGCUGGUGGUCCUCUGCUGUAUGGUAUCUGUGCUUUACAUGUUGGCCUGCACUCCGAGAGGUGAAAAUCAGCGGUUUCCCUUCUCCAGAGUCAACAGCCCAACAGGAAAAGAUGAAUAUCAGGCAAUCUUACAGGAAAGGGAAGAGCAUCACUGGGACUACGUCAACAGUCUGAAGAGGCAGAUUGCUGAGCUGAAGGAUGAGCUCCAGGAGAGAAGUGAGCAACUGAAGAGCAUGCAAGGCAACAAUGGUGACUCUUUGGGAGUGGGAAUAGAUUGGGGGAACCUGGAGAAGCCCCAGAAAGCCCUCUUGCAAUUCCUGCAUGCUCAGAUUGAGAAAGCAGAAGUACAUACUGGUAUGAAGCUAUCCACUGAGUAUGCUGCAGUGCCAUUUGAAAGCUUCACCCUGCAGAAAGUAUACCAGCUAGAGAUGGGGCUUACACGUCACCCUGAGGAGAAGCCAGUGCGAAGGGACAAGCGGGAUGAGUUGGCGGAGGCUAUUGAGUUGGGCUUGGAGACUUUAAAAACAUGGCCAAGCAAUAGCAAUACAAAACAUCGGGCCUAUUCCUCCUCUGACUUCACAGAAGGUCUUCAACGGACAGAAAGAGAUAAAGGCACCCUGUAUGACUUGAUAUUCAAAGGAGACAAAAAGUAUGAAUUCAAGCGAAUUGUGCUGUUCAGACCAUUUGGCCCCAUUAUCAAAGUAAGGACUGAAAAUCUCAAUCUGGGCCAGACUCUUAUUAAUCUCAUAGUCCCUCUGGCAAAAAGGGUCAGCAAGUUUCGGCAAUUUAUGGAAAAUUUCAGGAAAAUGGGCAUACAACAGGAUGGAAGAAUUCACCUUACUGUAGUUUAUUUUGGGAAAGAACAAAUAAGUGAGGUCAAAGGAAUUCUUGAAAACACAUCCAAAUCAGCUAACUUCAGGAAUUAUACCUUUAUCCAGCUGAAUGAAGAAUUCUCAAGAGGGAAAGGUCUAGAUGUGGGAGCCCGAUUCUGGAAAGGAAGCAAUGUUGUCCUGUUUUUCUGUGAUGUAGAUAUAUAUUUCACAGCAGAAUUCCUCAACACAUGUAGACUGAACACACAACCAGGGAAAAAAGUAUUUUAUCCAGUACUUUUCAGCCAGUAUAACCCAAACCUAAUUUAUGGACAUCAUGAUUUUGUCCCACCCCUAGAACAACAACUGGUCAUAAAAAAGGAAACAGGUUUUUGGAGAGACUUUGGAUUUGGAAUGACUUGCCAGUACCGCUCUGAUUAUAUCAAUAUUGGAGGAUUUGAUAUUGACAUCAAAGGAUGGGGAGGAGAGGAUGUGCAUCUGUACCGUAAAUACCUUCACAGCAACCUCAUUGUGGUGAGGACACCUGUCCGAGGCCUUUUCCAUCUCUGGCAUGAAAAGCAUUGCUUAGAUGAGCUGUCCCCAGAGCAGUACAAGAUGUGUAUUCAGUCCAAAGCUAUGAACGAAGCUUCUCAUGGCCAACUAGGAAUGCUUGUCUUCCAAAAGGAGAUUGAGGCUCAUCACUACAAACAGAAAGCAAACAAGAAAAAGACUUGAAGCAACAAAGUAUCUUACUCAAAGAUAAAAAUAAGUCAAACUUAGAAAGGCGUUCUAAAAACAAAUUCUAGGAAGGUGAAAUAUCCCUAAAAAUUCUAGUCUUUGCUAUUAGUUGCAGCACACUCAAAACCACCAUUUUCUUUAAAUUUCUGGUCUAAUAUACCUCAGUGUUGGUUGAGCUGUUAAGCAGCCAUGUCUUCUUGCCAAUUGUUUGACAUUUGAAAUACAACAAGAUGGUUUUACAACUUGUAUAAAAUCAUAAAGUUGGAAGAGAUCUUGGAAAAUGCCUAAGACAAUCCCUCCUCAAUUUAUGCUGUGAGAUAGAUGGUGGUCAUGCAGCCUCUGUUUAAAUAUCUCCUGUGAAGAAGAACCCACCACCACUCAUGGCUGUCCAUUCUACUACCAAACAGCCCUCACUGGCUGUUCACCAGAAAUAUGCUGCCCUGCAAUUUCCACCUCUUGGUUGCACCUCUUUUUCACUGGAGCAACAGUGAAAAAGUCUGCUGUUUCUGCAUGACAGCUUUUGAGAUAUUUGUACUCCAGUAUCAUGACAUCCCUUGAUCUUCUCUUCCUCUGGCUAAAUAUACCCAGCUCCUAACUAUUCCUCUCAGUCCUUGGUUUUCAGACCCCCUACCACUCCAGCCACUUUUCUCUGGGUACACUCCAGUUUGCCAGUGUCCUUCUUUAAAAUCAACUGGACAUAAGAUACCUAAGACAAAAUGGAGUGGAAAUUAUUCCUGAUCAUGAAUUUUGAAUAACAUAUAAUGGGACUGUAAAAAGCUUUACAUUUUAUCAGCUAGGUAGCCAGGUACUCAAAAUACGCAUGACUAAAGUUUUAUAGGAAUACUUUUAAGUGUAGAGCCCAGAGUGGCUAUUCAACUUUUAUUAUUAAUGCUGAUGACCCUGAGCUAGCUCUAUCUAUGCUGUGUUUUAGCUGUGAACAGGCAUGCACACCCAUAUUUGUGUCACACUCAUUCAAUUCAAAGAUAUUUAAUUAGAACCAUAAUGCAUGUGACCCCUAUCAGCUGCGCAUAACCGAUCCCUUGCUAGAUUGAUGCAUUUCUCUUCAGGCUUCUCAAAUAAGUGAAAUGGCAUUUAUGUUCUGUAAGCCAUGUACCAGAUACCUCUGGUAAGGUUUCAAAAUUGUACAGAACUUAAAUGAAAUCACAUGUGCAAAUUUAAGAUACAUAGAAUAGGGGACAAUCAGGGUUUACCUUAUAAAGAGAUGUAUCUGAAGAAGACAGUUUCUAAUUUCUCAAUAAGGAAUGAAAACAAAUGUAUUUCUAUAUGAAGCCCAACACACUAUCUGUUAUAAUCAUUCAACCCAAUUUUGUCUGAGCUUCACUUAUUCUCAGGUGCAUGAAAUGCCAUUCGUGUUUUUCCUCAGCAACAUAUGCUGAAAAGAAGCACAAUGUCACAUUUUACAAAUGGAUUUUUCACUUAUCAAAUAGAUUUGCAAGUAAAUGUGUGCUUUUGAUCUGCCACCUAUCCUGCAAAGUAACUGGAAUUAACUGCAUGCUGUUAAAGAGAGAUGAAUUUAGCAGAAACAGAAGAUUCCUCACAUGAAGAUCUGGAAGUGGCCAAAGACUUUUCAUUCUAAUAAAGGAAAGCUGAAUUCACUGGAAAAUCAUUAAAUGGAAGGAUAACCUGUUAAGUUGUUCAGAGCAGAAAUAUUUAAUGUGCAAACCAAAUACAGCCUCUUUUUCACUGCA